AUGGCUGCUUUGAUUUUGAUUCUUAAUAGUUUGGUAGCUAGGUCUGAUUGUAAGCAGUUAUUGUUUUCAGUUAGAGAAACUAAUUUAGUUACUCCUAUUUUAGCCAAAUCAGCUUUAGAGUCUGAAGCUUGUGCUAAGUGGAGAGGGGUAAUUCCCAUUGUUGCAAGAGUUGCUCCUAGUGCAGACUUGCUUUCUCCUUUGUUGGAAAAAAUGGCACCACAAGUCACGGUUUACUUCCACAAGGUGCCCGAACCAAUAAAGAAUGUGAAGACACCUACACCAGCUAAAAAGGCUGGCAGAGGGAAAGGUGUGAAAAACAUCACUAAGACUGCACAGGCCUUAAGAGGCAAGGCAGCAAAGGGAUUUAAAAAGAGGCAAGCCCGGGCAGUGAAAAGGUCUGCAACAAAGGUUGCCAAGACAGAAGGGAGGCCAACUAAGAUUCGCUCCCCCGUAAUGAUCCAAGAAUGGGAGCGUAUCUUGAUUGGUUAUGUUCCUAUUUUCUUGCCCACUACCGUCUCAGUAAUGGUUACCUCUGCGGAGGAAACUGAGGCAACACCGACUUCUCAACCUCGGAGAGGUAGGAAGGCGACAAAAGGGAGGAAGGGGACAAACACUUCACCUUCACCAAACCCUCUUGAAAUGAGGGAAUUAGUAGGAGGCACCCCGAUUAGGCCUCCGAUCGUAAUCUCUGUCAACCGCCAAGGUCAACAGGGGGCAUCUGCUGAGAUCAAUGAACGCCCUUUAUUAGAUGAAGGGUGUAGAACGCCUUUCUCCUUCCCAAAGAAGGCUAGAAGCGAUAGUGUAAGGGUUCCCAAAGCAAGCCCUUACGCAUUCCGAAGAGAACAUGGUGACUGGAUGUUUCUCCAGGGCUACCGACCAACAAGGGUCACCUCAACUGCUAAGCUUACCUCCUACACGGGCCCUGAAGAAGGGUGUACAUCUGGACACUCUUUAGAAGACACUCCCCAUAUUGAACACAGUGAGGGGGUGUCUGCUGAUCUCAUUACUCAGUUCGAAGCACUAACCAUUGGCAAUGAUAAAAAUAUGCCAGUGUUAGUAACUGGGACAAUCAGUAAUGAAGAGAAGAUUCAGGAACUGCAAAGGUUAUUAGCUGAGAGGGACGAAGAAGUAGCCCGACUCUCAACAGAAUUAUCUCAUCAAGUUAAUAUGAGACAAAAGGAGAGUGAGAUUGGGCAACAAUCCUCGUCCUCAGUGCCGCCUGUAGGCAACACACAACCGCCACCACAAGGUGUGCAACCACCACUAGCUGGUGUCCAACCUCAGCAGGACCUAAAGGCUCUUAUCAUGGAGGGUAUUCGGGAAUAUCAGGCUGCAACAAUGCCUAUUCUUGGGUAUCAUAAGCCAUACCCGGCUUACUAUGAUCAAAUUCCAUUUCCACCAAACUACAUCAGACAAAAGUUUGAAAAGUUUGAUGGAAUUAAUGGUUCUCCCCAUGAGCAUUUGGCCUAUUUCACCUCUGCAUGUGGUGAAUCUGCCCAAUCAGAUGCACUAUUGAUCCGGCAAUUUGUGCAAUCUCUAAAAGAGGCAGCAUUCACCUGGUAUACUCAGUUACCCCCAGGAUCGAUAACUACUUGGGAUGACAUGCAAAAAGCUUUCCUAGCACAAUUCGUGAGCUCAAAGAAGACCAUAAGUCUCCAUGACCUGGUGGAAACAAAGCAACGAAUUAGUGAAAGCGCUAAUGAGUUCAUAACCAGGUGGCGAAAUCUCAAUCUCCAAUGUCCAGAAAGGAUAUCGGAACAAGCGGCGGUUUCAAUGUGCGCCAAAAACCUCAACCCUGAGGUGGCAACUUUUGUGGGCACAGCAGAACCCAAAACUUUUAAUGAGCUCGUCUCGAAGGCUUGCAACGUUGAGAUACAAAUUUCUCGACAAAGGGGUGGCAAACCCUCACCGAGAUUCGAAAAUAAAAAGCCAUUCAAGAGGGGAGAAUCAAUGGCAACUUUUGUCAAUACCGGCAACAAAGAUAAAGGGAAGGCACGGGAACCGCAAAAGAAAUUAACUCUCAAAGAAAGGAAAGAAGUUAAAUAUUCAUUCGACGAUGAUGAUGUCAACCAAAUUUUCGAUGAGUUGUUAAAAGCUAAGGCAAUACGACUCCCCGAGCCGAAACGACCCAACGAGGUUGGUAUGACAAAUGAUCCAAAUUAUUGUCGGUACCACCAAAUUGUGAGUCACCCAUUGUCGGAUUGCUACAUCCUCAAAAACAUUAUCGAAGGCAUGAUCAAGAGAAAAAAGAUUGAGAUUGACUCUUCUCUCGGGAAAGCGACAACAACUACAACUUCCCUAACCGAGAAUGACCAAAUACCAAAUGAUCCCACACAAAGGGACAUAAUUUCUGUGGCAUUUGAAGUCGACAAGGAAGUUACAAUAGUCCAAGCCCACUCAGACAUUCCAAGGCCAGGAAACCCAAAUAUUCCUACAUUAUAUGAGCUCAUGACAGAGCCUAAUUUAGAAAUUUGGGAGGACUGGUAUGAUAGUGAAGAGGAUUUAGAAAGUACAUGGCAAACAUGUACUCGGAAAAAACCGGCAAAAAUUCCAUCUCGGAAGUCAUCUGGAACCUCCGGAGCCAAAUUUCGGAGUAGACCAGAUAUAAAGGAUCAAAAGAGUAAGAAAAGGAUCGGCAAGCAAAAGGCCGUUUCCAAAAGAAACGAACUCGAACAACCAAAACAAAAUCUAGUAACUCUGGAGGAGUUUUUACCAAAAGAGUUACGGGACAAGGCAGCUAGUUGUAAUGACAGUGUGUCGGAUUGCUGCAUGACUUUAACAAAAGAAGAUCCUGAAUCUACCUUACCUGAAAGUGAAAAAGAGGUAGAUGAAAUUACCUUGCAAGAUAUGCGGCGGAAAAUUUUUGCAAAGAAGGAAAAAGAGGCGAAAGAGCUUGAAAAAGCUAAACAAGACCUUCAAAAGCCUUCAUCUUCGGCCAACCAAGAAUCCGCCAUUGACAAUCGAAGAUGCAAAAGCACUGGUGAAGAUGAGAUGACGCGAGAAAAAUAUGAUAUAUUGGCUCAUCUAAAACGCAUCCCUGCUCUUUUAAGCGUUUAUGAUGCACUGCAAAUGUCUCCUGAGCAUAGAAAUGCACUUGUUGUCGCAUUGACAAGUCCUGAAUUUUAUACGGAGAAAAUAGAGCCAAGGAAACCUAUAUCACUUGAGACGCAUACCUCUUGUAUGGCAUGCAUAACUUUCGAUGAUAAAGAUCGUCAGUUGGGAGCUGCCUUACAUAAUCGACCUCUGUACGUGACGGGUAUGGUUGCUGAUAAUCGCGUGAGCCGCAUCAUGUUGGAUUGUGGAUCGGCUGUGAAUGUACUCCCCUUAAAAACCUUGAGAGAUGUCGGGUUACACCCACGUCAAUUGUCUCCAUCAUCAUUGACUAUUCAAGGUUUUAACCAAGCUGGAGAAAAAGUAAGGGGAAGUAUCACACUAAAAAUUGAAAUAGGCGAGUUAAAUUCUGAAGCCUUAUUUCAUGUCAUCGAUUCAGAUACAUCCUACAAUGUGUUGUUAGGGCGACCAUGGCUUCAUGAAUAUGGAGUCAUUCCUUCAACACUCCACCAAUGCUUUAAGUUUUGCAAGGAAGGCAAAGUCAAAAGUGUCAAUGCAGACCCGAAUCCCUUUUACGGGGAACAGGUGAAUUAUGCCGAUGCAAAAUUUUACAAGCCAGCUAAUGUCACCAUCUUGAAAGGGAAACCUGAGGAGAGCAAACGUCAUGAAAACUCAGUCAUACAAAACUCUCCACAAAUUAAGCGACUAUCGCUGGUGAAAUCUCCUCAGUCCAAAGAGGAGAACUUGAAGGUAUCUAACCAAAAACGAACCUUUAAGUAUAUCCCUAAAAGUCAACGAGGAGUAGGGCAAAAAGCUUUGACACCGAUCGAAGAUUCGAUGACAGUCCUGAUGACAAGCUUUACUUUACCACUAAGGAAAAUCGAUCAGUCACUACCCAAGGGUAAAAUGCAAAUUUCAGUUUCCUUUGGUAAAGAUAGCAAGAAAAAUAAAAGAGUCAUUACUCUCAAUAAAACGUCCUCCACUUCUGUAACUCCGAAAACCUUCAAAACAAUGAAGAAAAAUGUUCAUUUCAAGAAGCAAAAAGGAGUCACAAUCCAUCAAAAUAGUGAUUGUUUAAAAGCUUCUUUUGAACCAGAUGAGUUAACAGAGGAGGAACAAAAAAUGUUUCACAGCGACGAUGUUCCUACACCUUCCCCGCGGGUCUCAGUAUUUGAUAGACUUGAACCAAGCACAUCCACCCCACGAGUGUCAGCAUUCGAAAGGCUUGUUUUCCCAAGUGCUCCACAGCCAAAGGGAACUAAAAAGCAAAAACAGUGGAUGCCAAAACAGAAGAAAUCUUUGAGAAUUACUAUUCGGGGGCAUGAAACACAAGAAGAUGGAGAAAAUUUUGCUCAAGUCAAUUACCUCUCUUUCGAAGAAAGCUUGACCGUAGAAGAUGAAGGCUCAAGCUCAAACCCUUCGGAAGAUUUUAUAGACAUCUUUCAACCAGCACCUCAGGAAUUCGAAGAUGGAGGACAAGCAACUGUGGAUGACUUAGUAGAGAUCAAUCUCGGGACCGAGGAUGAUCCAAAGCCCGUGUUUGUCAGUGCUUUAUUAUCUGAAGAAGAGUUACCACAGUACAUACAAGUCCUUCGCGAGAACAAAGAUGUAUUUGCUUGGUUAUACCGAGACAUGCCGGGGUUGAACCGAAAGGUUGCUGUGCACAGGUUGGCAGUAUCAAAAGAUGCUACCCCUGUUAAACAAUCUCAAAGAAGGAUUCGACCAGAAUUACUUCCCAAAGUCGAGGCAGAAAUCGACAAGUUAAGAGACUGUCAGUUUAUUCGGGAAGUUCAGUAUCCUACCUGGCUUGCAAACAUCGUCAUAGUGAUGAAGAAAAACGGGCAACUCUGCAUAUGCGUGGAUUAUCGAGAUCUUAAUCGGGCUUGCCCAAAAGAUGAAUUCCCACUCCCCAUCACUGAGUUAUUGAUAGACGCUACCACUGGUUUUGAUGCCUUAUCAUUCAUGGAUGGAUUUUCUAGGUACAACCAAAUCAAAAUGGCACACGAGGACGAAGAGCUCACUGCUUUUCGGACACCAAAAGGCAUAUUUUGUUAUACAGUUAUGUCAUUUGGCCUCAAGAAUGCAGGGGCAACCUACCAAAGAGCAAUGACCACAAUUUUUGAAGACAUGAUGCACAAUACUGUCGAAUGUUAUGUCGACGAUCUAGUGGUCAAAACAAAAGAAAGGACAAAUCAUCUUGAUGAUUUAAAACGAGUCUUUGACAGGCUCAGGCAACACAAUCUCAAGAUGAAUCCUUUAAAAUGUGCAUUUGGGGUAACAUCGGGAAAGUUCCUCGGGUUUAUCGUCAGACAUCGAGGAAUUGAAAUCGACCCUGCAAAGAUCAAAGCAAUUUUGGAAAUGCCUCCCCCGCGUAAUUUACGUCAACUACGUGGACUACAGGGAAAACUUGCAUAUAUUCGAAGAUUCAUCUCAAACCUGUCUGGUAGAUGUCAACCUUUUUCGAGAUUGAUGCAGAAAAAUGUCCCAUUCAUUUGGGAUGAGGCAUGCCAGAAUGCUUUUGAAAGUAUUAAAAAGUACCUGUUGCACCCACCAGUGUUGAGAGCUCCAAUCUUAGGAAAGCCAUUGAUAUUGUAUAUCACUUCACUCGACCGCUCCUUGGGAGCAAUGCUAGCGCAAAAUAAUGAGGAGGGAAAAGAAGUUGCUCUUUACUACCUAAGUAGAACUUUAGUAGGGGCAGAACAAAACUACCCUCCAAUCGAGAAAGUGUGUCUGGCUUUAAUUUUUGCUGUCACAAAACUACGACACUAUUUGCUCUCACAUCCUGUGACUUUAGUGUCAAAAGCUGACCCUCUAAGAUAUAUCCUAUCCAAACCCGUGUUGUCUGGACGACUUGCCAAAUGGUCCAUGAUGUUAUCAGAAUUUGAAAUUAACUUUGUCCCGCAAAAAGCAAUAAAAGGACAAGCUUUGGCUGAUUUUCUGGCAGCACACCCAAUUCCAGAUGAUAUGGAGUUGCGAGAGGAUCUUCCAGAUGAAGAAGUCUUCGCAAUUGAUACUUCAUCGUGGCAAUUAUAUUUUGAUGGGGCAGCAAGAAGUAGUGGGGCAGGUGCGGGAAUUGUCUUUGUGACACCGUCAGGAGGCCUGAUACCUUACUCUUUCCAUAUUCUAGCUAUAUGCACAAAUAAUGUAGCAGAAUAUGAAGCAUUAGUUAUCGGCCUCGAAGUUGCACUCGAAAUGAAGAUACAAUCAUUGGAGGUAUUUGGUGAUUCUCUUUUGGUUAUUAAACAAAUGAGUGGUGAAUUUGCCGUCAAGCAUGAGAAUUUAGUCCCUUAUCACGAAAAGGCUAAAUAUUUGCUUGGCCAAUUUCAAGAUAUAACUCUAAAUCACAUCCCCAAAUCAAAAAAUGGUAAAGCUGAUGCAUUGGCUAAUUUAGCUGCAUCGCUAACACUUCCUGAAGAAAGGGAUAUUCAAAUUACCAUAGGGGAACGCCAUGUAUUAUCCCAAUCUACGGAAAGAGUUGAAGAAGAAAAUACAGUCAACUUGAUAACUUUCCUAGAUAGUGCAAAUGAAAAAAAUGAUCAAGGCCACUUCCAAUCAAAGAAUACAUCCAAAAAGGAGUCUUGCCAGAAGACUUGA